ACGGACUGAUAACAUGUCGUCCGGUUGAAGAAAGAGCUAGCAAGGAAGCAAACUGUUUAAUGUCACUCACGAAGUUAAAACGCGGAAAUGUCGCUACAGUCCAACACUUAGGCCACUUAGCUUAACAGCCACAGCUGCUGCUGACGCAGAUACUUUGUAGAAAUUGUGCUUGUUAGAAAGGAAUGAGCGAUACUCAUCAAGGAAGUCGUCCAGCUGGCUAGCGAAAAAGUAGCUAGCCAGGCUAGCUGCUAGCUGACGUUAGCACAGGAGUUCUUUGUUUUGUUUUUCUGGUGGAGGUCCGUGUAAAGAUGAGGAGAGACUGAUGUACUUUAACAUUUAACGUUCAUGUAGGAGUUUUAUAAGCAUAUACAUGGUGUCUUUAGUGGAGUGUAGUUGAGCUGUAAGUUAAUGGUCUCUGGGAUAUUUGACAAAACUAACAUUAGCCACCGAGAGCAACUUUAGCAACAAAGGUCUGAUUUUCUGCGUCGGCCAGGACAGGACCGGAGACACGGAGAUAUGGGCAACUGUCUCAAGUCUCCGACAUCAGACGACAUUUCUCUGCUUCAUGACUCCCAGUCAGACAGGGCGAGUUUCGGUGAUGGGACAGACCCUGACCUGGAGCCUCCCCCACCGUACCAGGAGCAGGCUCACAUGCCCAUGUACCAUCCCACGCCCAGUCAGGCUCGUCUGGCCACCCAGCUGACAGAGGAGGAGCAGAUCCGCAUAGCUCAGCGCAUCGGCCUCAUUCAGCACCUCCCUAAGGGUGUUUAUGAUGGCGGGCAAGACGGCUCCGAGAAGAAGAUCCGAGAAUGCGUGAUCUGUAUGCUGGACUUUGUUUACGGGGACCCCAUCCGGUUCCUGCCAUGUAUGCACAUCUACCACAUGGACUGUAUAGACGACUGGCUGAUGAGAUCCUUCACCUGCCCCUCCUGCAUGGAGCCAGUGGAUGCUGCCCUGCUCUCCACAUAUGAGACCAACUGAUUUUUCACCCCUCCGCCCCCAAGCUUAGCUCAAACACGGCCCCUCUAGCCCCAAACGCACACACAAACCCAACAGCUGCCCUCUCAUAGACUGAGAGGAGCUUAAAAACAUGUGUUGGCUGUUUUCUUGCACUUUGAAAAAUUCCAAAUUUACUCACCUAGUGUUGGCCUUCCAUGCCCCCAGGUCUAAAUAAUAAGCUGGUCUUAAACAUCAGUCACAUAAGUCGGUAAAAAACUGUUUUCAGACGACCCUGCAUGAUUGUGUUUGUGUGUUUGUCAUGCUGACGGUGAGCAUGUAUGUGUGUGUGUGUGUGAGCUGUUCGGGCUGUUUGAUGACUGUGCAUUUCCACUUGAGCCGGUCUCAGUGGUGUUUCUCCCCAACUGAUCCCAGUUCACCUUCAUUCCCAGUUAGUUGUCAGUAAAAUGGAUAAUUAGGUUAACAGAUUAUUGACCAAAAUGCUAUGAGGUGUCGCUAGAAAUCAGUUGGAUUCAGUUUGAAGUCUCCCGUGGCAACAGGAUGACUCUGCAGACUGAGCUCACGUUAAGAUGGCCCUACACUUAUGGGAAGUAUGGGAAUACACAUCUGAAGUUUACACUGUUGGUGUUUGAUUGUAAAGAAGAAAUCACUCUCCAGUUUGUGAGGAUAACAAAAACAAAUAUGCACAUGCUUAACAAAAAUCACCCAAAGUUUUUAAGUACAAAGGCUACUUGAUCUUCGGCUCUCCAAAUGGCCAGACUUUAAGAAAAUGCUUUGAGUUGAAGGGAAAAUGAUGUGUACGUGAAUGUUUUACUCCAGGGGUGUGUUAAAGUAGCUGGCAGCCAAUGUAAAGGGCUCAUAUGUGCAUGGGCAGGUGGAUCAGUCCGACAAAAAUUAGAAAUGCUUGCACACACUUCUCAUCUGAUCCAGAGAUUUGCACUUUACUUAUAGGACAGUAUCUAAACAAUAUAUUAAUAUAUGUACCUUAUAACCUUGCACUAUCAAUACGUCAUUCCUCUAUUUCCUGAGAUGCAAAAGUUAAAUAGCUGAAAGGGUAUUUUCAAAGCUGUCAGUAGUCACUUAUCACGUCAAAGUAAGCCUGAAGAUGUAUUUCAUGAAAUCUGUGAUUCAGUAGUGUGAGCCUCCGCUUUGUUCUGCUCGACUUUUGAUUCUUGUGUGUGUUUUUUGUAUAAGUGAAGGGACAGAGGCUUGCUCCGGUUUAAAGGAGAAGUUUGACAUUUUGGGAAAUGUGCUUGUCUCCUUAUUGAGUAAGAUACUAAUGAUUCUGUGAGGUGAUGAGCUUAGCUUAGCUUAAAGACUUUUAAGUUUGGAGAAACUUGUUUUCCAGGCAUGGAAAUAUUUUGAAAUUAAUGGAAAGUUUCAAAUAUACAGUGUUUUAGGGUGUUGUUUAAAAUAUGUUCAUAAAAAUCCCCCUGCAUGGAGCUUCGGUUUUGUGUCUUUAAAAAAGGGGCAAAACAUUUCCAGUACAGCUUAAACAAACUAGAUAUAAUAUGUUAAUUAACCCUUUGAAACCUGGAUCAACAUCAGUUUUAUUCUGCUCCUUUCCGGCACCUUUUUCAAACUGUUUAACUCUUUGAAACACGACAAAAUUUUUUUUUGAAAACAUGGGGAAAAGGCAGUCGUCAGUUUGGCGAGAAAUGUCCCAUAAAUUACAAGAAAAGGUCCAAGGUCACAAAAAUGGGAUAUUAAAAAAAUUUAGGAAAAAUAUAAAACUAUAUUCACAGUGACUCUAAUUAUAUAUUUAAAGUUGGG